GUCAUGUAAUCGCCAACCGGCCAAACAGUAUGAACAAAUUUGGUUGGUUCUUUUUCUCCUACUAAACUGUUUGUUGUCUUUAAAGGUAUUUGUUUGGAUGGGACCACAAUCCAGUGACGUUGAAAGGAAAAUGGCCAUCAAAAGUACCCAGGUACAGUAACUUUGUAUUAUUGGAUGAGGUGUUUGUGAUAUCCAGGUAAGUGUUAUCAGCCGAGCGGACGGCCGAGGCUGGUAACACUUACCGAGACCUUGAUUGUCACAUUCUUUUCAAGAAAAUAACGGCAAUCACACCGUCGCAUGGAACCUAAAUUGAUAUCGUUGUUGGAAAUCAUGCAUUGCGCGUGCAACCUACAGACUAGUCAGUUAUCUGCUAGCAGAUAACUGAUUAAUCUGUAGGUUGCGCUGAUUUGCAAAAUUAGCUGUAGGCUCUUAGCCAAUGAGAAGACAGAUGGUGAGUAUAAUGUUUAUUAAUAUCUGUGUAUGUGAAGUGUAAUUCACGUCAAUACUCUGCUAGCAAAUUUUGGUUGAGUCGCCUACCGGCAUUGUCAACUAGACGCAAGAUCACUUUUAAACCUGUUUACAUCAUUCCUUAAACACUCCAAAGUAGCCAUGAUUGGACACCCUCCUUGCACGUACUACUAGCGCUUCCGCCUUAAAUAGUGAUUUGUUUACUAAGUAAUUCAUGCACGACAAAGAAAUAGGCCACUUACGAGUCCCAAAAACCUUCACUUUCAAAAUGAGGCCAAGUGCCCACACAACCUUUCUUGUGAAAAUGAGCUUUAUUUGCAUUUUGAUAGCAAAAGCUGAACACUUAACCUUGUUCUGUUACAGAGGCCCGGGGGAACUCGGAAAUGGCCUAUUAAAAAACCUUCGUAUGCACAAGUGAAAUUGACUUCACUAAACUGUGCCUGAGACAAACGUGAGAUAAUUUUGGUCUUCCGCCAUGUCAAGUUUGUAUGGACGCGGGCGUUCAUAUAAGAAGUUUCGAAAUUUUGUUUUGUGUGUAAUGCAUAAAUAUAUUUGUUCGAAAAACGCAAGUUUUGUUUUUAUGUUACAAGUAAAGUAUGGGGCAGUUUUCCGCCCCGUUUUUUUUUUUUUUUUAAUCGUGGAGGUAAGAAACCGACUUUGGCCACUUCGAGUGGUAGUGCUUUGUUUACUGGGAGGCAGUAUAUAUAUACACCUGUAAUGAAAAAAUAUGUGAAUAUGAUUAUUACAACUGCGAGUUGAAUAAUUUAAUAUAUAGAAGAUCAUCAUAGUCACAGACGCAACUUUUGCAGUUACGUAAAGAAAGGCUGAAAAAUUAAGGCUUGUACGGGAUUCAGACGUCCUUCCUUCGUAAUUGCAAAAAUGAGUCGCUUUUGUGACUUGCGAUGAUGUUUGCGUUGAAUUAAAACACCUUUGUUGCUUGUAGGUUUAUAUUCAACACCUUAUGCAACUUGACAGUUCUAGUCCAAUACGGAAACUGCGCUGUACCUUUAGAGGAAGAGAGCCACAUCAGUUUACAAGGUGUUUCCAUGGAUGGGGAGAUUUUCAUGACCCCAUGAAAUGAAUUCUCUGUCUACAUGCUAAAUCUGAUUGACGAGAAAAUUGGAUGGACAGUUUUCCCAUCCUCAAAUCUAUGCUUCGUAACAUCUCCUAAAGUGGUAGUAUAUUGUAUGAAGUAUUGCGGAAGCAGAAUGAAAUCAGCACUAUCUGAGUGGCUGGUGUGUCUGUCUUGUUACAAUGUUGCCCGCUUUGAUAUACGACUGUAAUGUCUAACAUAGUCCUAAGCACUUUUUGGCACCUUUGAUAGGAAACCAGUCGUUUCGAUACAAAGUCAAGCAGUGAAAUUGCACAAACAUUUUGUUCACUUCCAGUAUAGUUUUCGAGUGAACAAGAAACAUAUUUGAGGUGAAUAUCUUCGUUCUGUAAACCAAGUACGUGGAACUAUUUACACCUCAAAUGAAUAAACUUGUAUCGAAACAACUUUGUAUCGAAACGACCGGUAACCAUCUGAUAUGGGCGAGGCCGUGGGUGAAAUUCAGACAAGCGACAUGGCCAGUGACACAAGACAAAAAUGGAUACAAUGGUGGACAAACGACAUAAAGAUGGUUAAAUACCAAAAGGGACAUGGCCUACUCCUCAAAAUUCGAAAUGAACGUAUUUGAAAUUCAGAUUAGGGACAUACAUAACGGUAAACCCCUCCCCCUCCUCCACGUAAGAGAGCCUCAAUGGCGUUUAUGGUGCUGAGUUGUUUUGUAACCUGAAUAAGUAGGCUCAAAUGUUCAUACAUAGAUCGAGACUGUUAUCAAGGCUCUCCGAAAAGGACAUCAUUUUUUUGAUUUGACCUCUCUGAGUUCUCAAUCAUCUUAUCCUAUUGGGGAGGAAAAAACACUAGACUUGAGUGAGUGGUGUGGUAAUCGAGCCUUAACAAAAUUAUCCGUGAUAAAGAUUGUAAAAAACAUACUGCAUCUUGGGCCGCGGUCGUUUUCCUCUAUACGUGACGUCAUUCCAUGCAAAGUAGAACCGGCGUGAAGCUGCUUUGAAUAAAAGUGGAGGGAAACAGUACCUCAGACCCGGUUUGCGUAGUCUCCCUCGCCAUUGUCUCGUCACGCAAUGGUUUUCCCGUUGAGGAGAGACUACUGUUUACACGGAUCCGAACAAAUUUGUGAACGGACGAAUUUCUGUGCAAAUUUCGCGACAGAUUGCAGCACUGUUGGCCGUUCAAAAAUUUGUACGGUUCCCUGGGUUCCAUGUAAACGAAAGCAGGAUCUUUGCAAGAUUUUGUCUGUUCAAAAUUUUGUGCGGACCCGUGUAAAUGCCACGGGGCCUCAAGGUGUUUGCUUUUUGUUUUAGCUCCUUAACUUGCUCAUAUUUUGUUUCAAAAGUAAGAGGUUAAUAGUUUGCCAUUAUGUCAAACAAUAACACAAUAGAAAGCACUAACUGGUUUUUGAGUGUGUCUAGACUCUGUUUUCAGCCUAAAGAGGUAACUUCUAACUUAGAUGCUUGCUGAACUUUCCGUUGGCAAUUAUCUUUAAAAACAGUUCUAGAUGUAUGUCAAACAAAAUAAUCACUUCCCGCAGUUUUGUUUUUUGUUUUUUAUUUAAGUGUAUAUGAGAAGGGACAUAAAAACAGUCCUACAUUGUAUAAACCUGUAUGUACUUGUAAUAAAAGUUAAUUUUAAAAUUUAUUAUUACUACAUGAUUUGACAAAAACUUUUGUUUUUCUCCAACCAAACCGUGAAUGGAUACAACUAACUCCAAUUUGCAGCAUUGCAUACAUUAUAUACUACAUGCUAAUAUUUUAAAACCAGUGCAGUAUAUUGCCUUACGGAAAAAUACUCAUUUCCUCCUAACUCGAUAUUCAAUUUCUUACAACACAAAUAUUGUCUUGUUUAUUUUUAACUAUUUUAAAGUAUCUCUCAGUUUGAAUUAUUAAAUAUGUCCAACCCCUGUUGAGUACCCAUAUACCAC